GACUCCAACUCUAAAUCGUAAUCUUUUUGGUUUACUCCAACUGUGUUUCUACUUCACGUUUUCUUUCUAACUGCAACCCCAGACCCGUAUCCUGUUUCCAGGUUGACUCUGGAUCAGUAUUGCAAGUUCAAAAGGAGCUCUUCUACAUAGUGUACACCACCUGUUCACCAAAUAUCAUGAGCAUUUUCUACCUGGAUCAGCUAGACAGGCCUCUCAGGGUGAGACACAGUUUUCUCUUUGGCAUUUCCCUUAUCUCUCCCUCACUCUUGGUCGAUGGACAGAACACUUGUGUUUGACUGACAGCUCCUCAGAAUAGCAGCUCCCUGGCCAGGAGGUGUUAGUAGGCAGGCGGUGGGAGUGGGGUUUGUUUGGCACCCUACCUCUGUCUUACAGGAUGGGGGAAGAGGGGUGAAUGGAAGUUUAGAGUCAACUAUAAGUAAUUCGUUGAUGGCAUGAGUUUGGGGUGGAACUAAGUGUUUGAUGAAACAAUGGAAGACUGGAGCCAGCGCCUGAAGCCUCGACCACCCCAGGGCCAGUGUCUGACGCCUCGACUGCCCCAGAGCCGGCGCCUGAAGCCUCGGCGGUCCCAGAGCCUUCGCCUGAAUCCUCGCCUGAAACCUCGACCGUCCCAGAGCCAGUUCAUGAAGCCUCGACCAUCCCAGAGCCAGAGCCAGCGCCUGAAGCCUCGACUGCCCCAGAGCCAGCGCCUGAAGCCUCGACUGCCCCAGAGCCAGCGCCUGAAGCCUCAACUGCCCCAGAGCCAGCUCCUGAAUCCUCGCCUGAAACCUCGACCAUCCCAGAACCAGCGCCUGAAGCCUUGCCUGAAGCCUCGACCAUACCAGAGCCAGUGCCAGAAGCCUCGACCACCCCAGAGCCAGCGCCUGAAGCCUCGACCGCCCCAGAGCCAGUGCCUGAAGCCUCGACUGCCCCAAGGCCAGCGCAUGAAGCCUCGGCCGCCCCAGAGCCAGCGCCUGAAGCCUCGGCUGCCCCAGAGCCAUGGCCUGAAGCCUCGGGCACCCCAGAGCCAGCACCUGAAACUCGGCCACCCCAGAACCAGAACCAGUGCCUGAAGCCUCGGCUGCCCCAGAGCCAGCACCUGAAGCCUCGGCCAUCCCAGUGCUAGCGUCCUCAGCCACGGAGGCCAUUUCCACAGCAGUGCUCCCGGCUGUCUGGAAGAGGAAGAACUGCUCUCCAGUUGCAGCCUGCACUCCUGGCCACGGAGGCCAUUACCCAGUUGCUGCCAGUGCUCCCAGCAACUGAGGCCAUUCCCCAGAUGCUGCAAGUUCUCCAGGCCACAGAGGACGUUCCCCAGUCACUGUCAUUGCUCCCGCCAUGUAGUCCAUUCCCCAGUCACUGCCAGCUCUCCUAGCCAUGAGCUUGUCCAGUCCCAUGAGGUUGUCGACGAGCCUGUCCAGUUCCCUGAGGCUGUUGAUGAGCCUGUCCAGUCUGCUGACCCCUGUCCAGCAACAGUCGCCCAAGUCUGCUGAUCUCUGUCCAGCAACUCCACCUUCUGAGUCUACACCUCCUGUGGCUCUGCCCCCUUAGCCCUUGCCUCCUGUAGCUCCGCCCACCGAGUCUCUGUUUUCUAAGAACUAGGGGGGGGGGUCACAAGAAGGGUAAAGACAUUCAGUUUGAAGAUUGGUUUUGGUUUUUGUUGUGUCUCUGUUCUCUGUUUCACUUGAUUGAUCACAGCUAUGUCUGGUUAACCUUAUUAGUUCUUGUGUAUAUAUUGCUUUCUUAAUCUUUGUCAGUUUUAAAAUGUUG